UGAUACGUCGCUGAAAGACAGCAGCUUUGCUAUCGAUCACAUGGUCCACAACGCAAAAGGCUUGGCAGCACUAGCGACUUGCCAUGGCGAGGCGUGCGAUCUCUCUGCUAAUGCUGGCAACGGCGCCGGUCACCGCCACGAAGAUCCAGGCGGUGAAUCUCUGCAACGGCACUAUGGAGCUCCAUAUCGGAAGUCAUGGCGACCCCAUCACUAUCGCACAGGGCGCCGGCCAUAGCUUGGAGCUCACGGACGGCAGCAAUGCAGCGUACCGAUACGGCGCUUCGUAUCAAGCCACACAGGCGGAAUUUGCCAAUGUUGACUCCAGCACGUGGUAUGAUAUUUCCAUCAUCCCCGCAGGCAACACCGGGCCAGGUUCAUGUUCCAGCCUCGAGGACUGCAAGGCCGUGACAGGAGGCUCAGGCUUCAACGUGGCAAUGAUGAUCGUCCCUAGUAGCGGAGGAGGACCCAGUUCCACUGAGACUUGCAGAGUUUUGCGUUGUCUUCACGACGGCUGCGAGGACGCCUACCAUUUUCCAGAUCAAGACGCUCGAACACACAGUUGCAGCGCAGAAAUCGAGUUCCAAGUGAUUUUCUGUGCCGAAAAUGCCCCAGAGACGACGUCCGACUCGGCUGCAGAUUAUUGGGUCAAGGCUGGUAAUUCUACUGGUUCUGGGAGCACUUCGGACUCUACUGGAGGCAGUUCCAACUCCUCGUCACAAUCAAAUUCCAACUCGGACGUUGAGUCUCAAUCCGCAACAACACCCGAGCCAUCAAGUAACAAAGAGAAAACAGUUAGCACUGGAUCAGAAGAUUCGUCCGGAACAUCGGCACUAGUUUAUGUGGCUGCGGGGGUGGCAGCGGCCGUGGUGGCUCUCGUGGCCGCUGCAUUUGUCUUCAAAAGAAGACACGCCAUCGCUUUCUGGUGGGAAACUAGGAAUUAUCAAAAGCACGAGCCACGGAGCUCGGACGAACUCGGAUUCGUGCGAAUAUCGGACGAUGCAAUGAUUUAGAAAGAGUAGAUAAGAAAUUAGAUAAAAUACGACGAACGCGGUUUAUAAAUAUGAACGAUGGCAAC